AUGGCGGAUACGCCCAUUGUCCUCGAUGGAGGAACGGGUUUCCUCAAGGUCGGCUAUGCCGGUCAGAAUUUCCCAGAGCACCAGUUCCCAUCGAUAGUGGGGCGGCCCAUCCUGCGAACGGAGGAGCAGGCUGGCGACAUUGUUGUGAAGGAUAUCAUGUGCGGAGAGGAAGCUGCCGCUGCUCGAUCAAUGCUCCAGAUCAGCUACCCGAUGGAAAAUGGUAUCGUCAAGAAGUGGGAUGAUAUGCAACAUCUCUGGAACUACACCUUUUACGACAAGUUGAAGAUCGACCCUACAGGCCGCAAGAUCCUCCUCACCGAGCCGCCGAUGAACCCGCUCAAGAACCGCGAACAGAUGGCCGAGGUUAUGCUGGAGGGAUACAACUUUGGAGGUGUCUAUGUGGCGAUCCAGGCGGUGCUGGCACUGUAUGCCCAGGGUCUAAGCAGCGGUGUGGUCGUGGACUCCGGUGACGGUGUGACCCACAUCAUCCCCGUCUACGAGUCGACCGUGCUGAACCACCACAUCAAGCGGUUGGACGUUGCUGGUCGUGAUGUCACCCGCAACCUAAUUGCUCUUCUCCUGCGCCGUGGAUACGCGCUAAACCGUACCGCCGAUUUCGAGACCGUUCGCCAGAUUAAGGAGAAGCUGUGCUACGUUUCGUACGACCUUGAGCUUGACAAACAGCUGUCGGAGGAUACCACCGUUUUGGUCGAGUCUUACACCCUUCCUGAUGGCCGUGUGAUCCGCGUUGGUAGCGAACGAUUCGAGGCCGCCGAGUGUCUCUUCCAGCCUCACUUGGUCGACGUGGACCAGCCCGGUAUGGCCGAGCUGCUCUUCAACACAAUUCAAGGCACCGAUGUCGACAUCCGAUCCAGCUUAUACAAGGCCGUCGUGCUCAGCGGUGGUAGCAGCAUGUACCCCGGCUUGCCUUCUCGAUUGGAGAAGGAGCUGAAGCAGCUCUGGCUGACCCGUGUUCUGGGCGGAGACCCAGAGCGUCUGAACAAAUUUAAGGUCCGCAUCGAGGAUCCCCCACGACGGAGACACAUGGUCUUCCUGGGUGGUGCUGUGCUAGCCAACCUGAUCGCCGACAAGGACGACAUGUGGGUCUCCAAGCAGGAGUGGGAGGAGCAGGGAGCGCGUGCCCUGGCAAAACUUGGCCCACGAUAA